AUGCUUCUACCGAGCCGGGGUGACAGUCCAGAUACCGUCAUGCAUUUUGAUUCAAAUGAAAGUACAAGAGAAAGGAAAGCGCGUAUAGAGGUGAAUCUUAAACAGAUAGAAGAAGCGAUCCAUAUGACACAACCCAAACAUAACAAUUCAAAUCUACCCAUUUAUACCGUGCAGGACAAUGAACCAGAAUAUUUUGAUACUAAACUUAAAAUAGACAUAAAUAGAUUGAAAGGAACUGCACCUAAACAAGAAGUGGAAUCAUAUAAUGACAUAUUCGGACAUAUAGGUAGUGACCAAAUAAGCAGUCAAAUUACUAACGAAUAUGAUAAUCGUGCAAAGAUAGAAAAAGAAUCAUUACUGAAAGCUAAUCAAACCACACAUAGUGAAAAUACUGCAGUUAUCGACAUGAAUAGGAAUAUUACGGUUUUCAAUGAGAAUUUUAACAAGGUUUUGUCUACUGUAGAGGUUGUAAUAAUGAGAUGA